CCGAGAUUGCCGGCAAAUGGCUCGUUCCCGCCAGUUUGCUCAUACUCAACUUUACUACAGCAAAGCUGCUUUCGAUAUCAUAAGCAUGCUCCGAGAAGAGGGCGUCGAGAGGUUGCAAAACAGUGGCAGAACGAAAUCACCGUCCCUGGGCGCGUGCAUUCGCAAAAUCACGUUUGGUACGCACCCAAAAUGUCUUGCAGCUGCCUUUGGGAUCGCAGUCCCCAAAGGACUCUUGGAGCUAGAUGUUGAUGAACAACGACGACGCCGCGACCAUGUGUGCGAAUCAUACUUGGAUACGUACAUACCAUCUUUUAUCCCGGUCCUCUCUUCUCAACCAACUAUUUUACCUCGACUAGAAACUCUCGUACUAGCUAAUACGGGACCGAUCCAGAGAGACAUGGCGGAAGCAAUCGUUUCUUCUACUUUGCAGCAUCUCACUCUCAAACGCGUGCAAGUUGAUAGAGGCACGCGUCUUGCCCCUGAUAUUUGCAAAUGGCGUUUGAAGUCUUUGUACCUGGAUUUAGACUUGAUUCUAUCGGAGAGCAAUCGCGCUCGCAUUGACAAGCCUGCAUCGCCACUGAUAGGCGAAUUGUUGAGCCUUGCAGCUCCAACUCUCGAACGUUUGGCAUGGAUAGACAUUCCAAAUCCGGGCAUUCCUGUGGUACUGGCCGACGCGCAGCAUAAACAGCACAUUUUCGGUCAACUCAAGGAGUUGAUGUUCCGCGACCCGUGGAAGCAGGAUCAUGGCUGGCUGGAGUUGCUCAUCCAACCACAACGAUGCAGCCUUAUCCGUUUCGUAGACAUCUCCAUUGACAACUACGCGAUAGCUGAUUUCCUUGGUCGAUGCGGCCAUCUACCCAAGUUGGAAAUCUUCGUCUGCAACGGUUCGCCAUGGCAUUAUCUCGAUCUGUCUUUUUUCGAUCUGUCUUUUUUUAGAGCCAAUACGCACAUCCAAAAAUUGAAGGUCGAAUACAUGGAGCCCUCGUACCUAGGAGAACUUCUUCCGCUGUUGAGUAAGGAGUUUUUAAACCUCACUUCGCUCAGCUUGUCGUGGCCCAUGAAGUCCAAUCACAUCCCACAAAGAGACUUGGAUCACAUCGCCGCGAUACAGAGUCUAAAGCAGCUUGAGCUCAAAGGAGGCCUGCCCCCCGGAUCUACCUGGCUGAUUGAUCAUAACGCCAUACUGGAUUGCGUUCAGAAAUUACCCAACCUCCAGAGGCUCGCUUUCUCCCGAGAUUCUUAUUCAGGUGAAGACCCCGGACUUGAAAGACCUUCGGAGGGACAUUGGGUGGAAAUGGUGGUAAUUGCUGCGGGAUACGCCAGAAAGGUUCCUCUGUUGGAAUGGAUCUUUGUCGGACAACUUCUCAUAAGCAUUCAUCGACAACCUAGAUGCUUAGGUAUCGAAUAUUUACCACCCAAUGAACUCAGUUACUUCACCUAUCUCAACCGAGUUUUUGGAGAAGAUUCCGAGUUCUUUUACCGCGAAUGGUGAAAUUCCAAGCAAGUCGCCCGUCCACGACGCUUGUUGGUGGACGCUCUGGGCCGCGUCUCCGUAUAGAUGCUUGGAAACUUUGGAGCUACUUCGAACCGAUGAUCAUACGCUGAUAGAGAAUAUUUAAGUGAGGAUUGCAGGAAUUAGUGCUUUAUCAAUACAUGUUAUCGGAGACAGGGUCUGUAUGUUAGAGUAUUUUCCUUUCGAAUGCAUCAAUUUCAUC